GGAGGCGAAGCGGCCGCUUCCGGGGGCGCCUGCGGAGUGUGGGAAGGCGGCGGGGGCCUGCGGGGGGCUCCGGAGGCGGCGGAGGGUGAUUGAAUGGGUCUUCUGAGGCAAAGUUGCUGAAACUAACAGAAAAUGGCAUAUCGAAGAGAUGAAAUGUGGUCUGAAGGGCGGUAUGACUAUGAAAGAAUUCCAAGAGAACGUCUUCCUCCAAGGAUUCAUCCUGAUGAUGAUUACCAUCGAGUAGUAAACAUCAUGCCCAAGAAACCACCACUACUUGAAAGACCUGGAGAAGGGAGUUACAGUCGGUACGACGAUUAUGGCCAUGUUGAGUACAGGGACUACGAAGAGGGUCGCAGUUUUGCCCAUGAACGAAGAAGUGGCCCACCACACCGAGGUGUACAUAAGGAUGAAUCAGGAUACAGAUGGCCAAGGGAUGAUCAUUCUAUAAGUCGGCAGCCUGACUACAGGGAUGUCAGAGACAGCUUCAGAAGAAAAAGCUUCUAUCCUUCUCAUUAUAUGAGAGAGCGAUCCCCUCAUAAGAGGGACUCUCCUUUCUUCAGGGAAUCGCCAGUGAGCCGAAGGGAUUCUCCACACAGCAGAUCUGGCUCUAGUGUCAGCAGCAGGAGCUACUCUCCUGAAAGAAGCAAAGCCUAUCCUUUUCACCAGUCCCAGCAUAGCAGAAGUAUGUCAUCUUUACAUAAAAGAAAUAUUUCUUCUCAGCAAGGUAAAGAGAGGACUUCAGUUCAGACAUCGAAAUCGUCAAGAGAUGCAUCACCUUCAGGUUCCACAGCAGUACCAUCAUCAAAGGCCUUGGAUAAGAGCAACAGACUAUCGGAAAAGGAACUUGCAGAAGCCGCAAGCAAGUGGGCAGCUGAAAAGGCAGAGAAGGCGGAGGAAAGCAGUUUACCUGAAAGAACAGAGUAUGAUGCUGGAUCUUCAGCUCCAUUGUAUGCUGAACAAACAGAGGAAACAGAAACAAAUAUAACGGAAAAUACGGAAUUAUAUGAGGAUGGCCAGCUUCUUUGCCGCUCAAAAGCAAUUGCAACUAAGACCAAGGAGAUUGAACAGGUCUACAGACAAGACUGUGAAACCUUUGGCAUGGUAGUGAAGAUGCUAAUUGAUAAAGAUCCAUCGUUAGAGAAGUCCAUUCAGUUUGCUCUGCGGCAGAAUUUGCAUGAGAUAGGUGAGAGAUGCAUUGAGGAACUCAAACAUUUCAUUGCCCAGUACGAUGCUGCCAACCAGGAGUUAUCAGAAUCUUUCAAAGAUGGCCCCUACUAAGGAUGGAAAUACAAUUUUAGGUCUCUGAGUUUUGUAGGCUGUCAUACAUAAAUCUGCUUUUUGCGGGGAAAGAGGAGUUCCAGCUGGAGACUUCAACCCAAGGGCCGUGCUCCUCCUUACCAUCUCAGACGGCUGUACCUUGUGCAGCGUGGUCUCCACAGUUGUAUUCUUCCUACCUGUACUUGUUGACGUAAAUUCCUUUGAAAAGGAUGUUCUUUUCAAAAAGGCCAGAAAGUGACAAACUAUUUUUGAAACCUUUACACAGUUACCGAGGAAAAACUGUUCAGUCUUACAUAUGUAUACUGCUGUUUUGAUGUUUGUAAGUGUAACUACAAAACGACGUUUUUUAUUAAAAUAAUAUGAAGCAGUUCUUCGUUCCUCACCUUGUGCAGAAAUACGUCCUGGUUUCAUAUAUACGAUAGGAAGGGAAGACUUGCAAACUUGCUCACAGCUAUGAUUUAAGUUAUUUAUUAUAGAUUAAAUUUGAUCAUUUUCACAUUCAUUCUGUAAAAUUACACCAGGGGUUGUUCCUGGUCUUGGGCUGCCAGAGAAACUCUGCCUGCUUGAUGCAAGAAGUGAUGUAUUUUUGUUCUACUUGCAGGCUCUGCAAAUGCCUUUUAUAUUUUGGUGUUUUCCAUAUCAUGAGCCAUUACUAGUAAGCAGGAUUAUGUAGAAUUAAUCCCAUUUUUCUGUUAGUAUUUACAACUAAAUGUUUUUUUUCUUUUUUUUUUUCUUUUUUUUUUUCUGACUCUACCUUACAGAGUGUAACUGCAGGCAGACACUGAGCAAGGCAAGGCCUCCUCUUUUGCCCUUUUCUCCUUUAUGCCUUCUCAUCACUUCUCGUGCAUCAGUUUUAACAAUUACGAGUCUCUGUAAUCAACAAGAAGGGGCAGGAAUUUGGGGUGGCAAGGUGGGGCAUGGACUGUCUCGUUAUUUAGUAACUCCAAGUUGCUUCAGAUUAGGUAUAACGUGAAGCUGAACCCUAAAUAGGCCCCAAAUUGAUCAUCAUUUCAAGCCCAAAUGGUUCUGGGUAAAGUCUGCAGCCAUUUUUGCCCUGAUAGUUACUUGUAGCGGGGAAAAAUUGUUGACUUAGGGUCAAGAGGCUGCCAGUGCUAUGUGAUGACUUUUCAGAGGUGAAUCAUAAUUUAGGAUUCACUCUUGGUAUCCUGACUGUUGAUUUGUGUUCGUUUAAUGAGGUACUGUUUUUUAUGAAUGUUUAGGGAAAGGGAGAACUUGAAUCGUAAUCACAGAGAGGUAAACAUGAGUGUUUUGUAUGCAUUCGUAUUUAGGAACUUGAAAUUCUGUAAAAGGACAAGCAACUAAAGCUCGCCGUUUCCAAAGUGCACGGUAUUGAAUGAAAAAGUCACCGAAUUCAGCCCCUUAUCAAGUAGCUUCUCAGGUUUCAGAGGAAUGCUUUGUAAGAAAGUAAAUAAAAUGGCAAGGAUUUUGCAUAUACAAGGCGCUGUAUAUAUCACAGCAUCUUACACAUGCAAAUCUUGAUACGGUGCAUUAAAUGCAUAUAUUACAUCAGAUUCCUGGGAUGCCUGAUUAGUUUUAAUGUCAGGUGGGUGUGGUUUUGCAGUUGGGUUUCCGAAGAGUUCACCUUGCUCAGAGGGGAUGACCUGUACCUUACCUCGCUGGGAGCUGGCUUGUGUGGGCUGUGCAGCCAGGGGAGAAGGCUCACCGAGCCUACGGGAUGCUCAUUGGAGGUGGGAGAGGGGGAAGAAGAAAGGCAACCUGCUGUGGCACAGUAGCUAGACCUGACCCACCCCUUUUGGCAACAGCCUGGCUUGCCAGGAGCAGUCACGAAACCACAGGGAAAUUUACGUGACGUUUCUGAGACAGGAAUGUAACCGUCAGGGCUUUGCUGCGUGCCUGCGGACAGGUCAGUCUUCAGGGUGUUACAUCAGUUUCUGCUUUGGGUUAGAAACAGGAAAGAAAAAAAAAUACUGAAAUCACGAUUAAUAUUUUUUGGAUUUAAAAUGUUUGUUGUUAUUGUACAUUGUGUUAGGAGUCUCCUUUGUUCUCCUAGUGAAAUUGAAUCAGGUUUCUAAAAGUGGCUGAUUUUUCAAGUGUUUUUCUAUAAAGUACCACCUAAGCCCCCAGUACUCCUGUGUUUUUGUGAUUAGCUGAUAGGUCAGUAAGUUAGUGAGGUUGUCCUCUGCUUAUAUUUUUUUAAUGGAUUAAAUUUUACUCAUAAACUAAGGAGACUCUUGAUUAUUAUUAUUUUUUUUUUAAUAAAUGCUAUUUCAAUGAAAGGUUUAAGUCAUGUUCAUGAGUGAUGAGGAACUGGUUUUUCCCUGUUUAGGACUCGCCAUUACGUUGAAUGCUCAUGUCUAACCUUUUGUGAUGUACUCUUCUUGUUGAUGUAAGUAAAACGUUGCGCCACUU